GUACCUCGAAGGCAAACUCCGGACCGGAAAGGUUUGUUCAAGCAGAUUUAUUGAUCUCUUCACGUCCGCUUCUCCAGAAACUUCGUCAGGCUAUUUCCUAUUUCAAGCAUAAAAGGCCUUCGCAACUGCGAAUUAUUAUAAUCCUCAAAUCUCUGCGAGAUAGAGAGAGCCCAAGGGAUCCGUAGCGCGUCAAUUGGGUUCUAAUAGUUUCGAUUUCAGCGUUUUUGCGAUCAUCUGCUGUGGUACGUUAUCGAACUUGAUGUCGUCGAUGUCAUACUCUAGAAGGUCAAGGUAUUCUCGAUCUCCGUCUCCGUACAAGAGAUACAGUAGGUCUGUGUCUAGGUCUUUGUCAAGAAGCCCAUCAAGGAGCCCUUCAUGUGAUGUGGAAAAUCCUGGUAAUAAUUUGUAUGUGACAGGAUUAUCCCCUCGGAUCACAAAGAGAGAACUUGAGAAGCAUUUUGCAAGUGAAGGGAAGGUGGUGGAUGUUCAUCUUGUUGUGGAUCCAUGGACUAGAGAAUCUCGAGGAUUUGGCUUUGUCACAAUGGCCUCUGUUGAGGAGGCAAAUCGCUGCAUCAAGUAUUUGGACCGCUCUGUUCUUGAAGGUCGCGUGAUUAUGGUGGAAAAGGCUAGGAGGCGGAGAGGACGUACUCCUACACCUGGAAGGUACUUGGGACUAAAAACAGUUCGUGUUCAUCGCCGGUCCUCAAGCUCAUCACCAUAUAGGAGGAGCCGGAGCCGGAGCCGGAGCCGUUCACCUCGCUAUUUAUCGGAUCAUAGUAGUAGGUCGCACUCUCCUUACUACAGUCGGCGCAGGUCAUAUUCCCCUUCUUGUAGUCGCAAAUCGUACUCUCCUUAUUACAGCCAGCGUAGGUCAUAUUCCCCUUAUCAUAGCCGCAGAUCUUACUCUCCUUAUUACAGCCCGCAGUGCAGAUCCUACGCAAGAUCUCGCUCUCCUUACUACAGCCGCUCGCCAGUUAGCAGGCGUGUUCAUCGGUCAUACUCGCCAUAUGACUCAAGGCAUUAUUCUCCGGAAGACCAUUACUAUAGAAGACGUUAUCACUAUGAUUCAAGGAGCCCCACACCACCUCGGAGGCAGAGAAGCUCAAGGAGGAGCUACUCUAGCAGUGUCAGCCCCAGGCCAAAGAAGACUUCAUGGCAGAGCUAUGCACGAAGUGUUUCACCUAGAUCAAGGAGGAGCUCGAGGAGGAGUUAUUCUAGAAGCAUUUCACCAGGACUGCAAAAGAGAUAUAGUGUAAGUGGCUCCAGAGGAGGUCCAUCUAGGAGAAGUUACUCUCGGCGUAGUUACUCCAGGAGCUGCAGUGCUAGUUCUCGAUCUGUGUCGAGGUCUGUUACUCCUAGGUCAGCUUCACCUUCAUCAUGAACCAAUUUGGAAGAGUCUGCUUGUGUAGUUUCUUGGGCAUAGUUAAAUAUCUAAUAAGGGCUUUUGUAGUUUGUUAGGAGUGUGCUGUCUAUGCCCUCUCUGGUAACCUUCAUAAAAAAUAUUGCUAUUGUUGCUUCUAAUGGCUAUCUGUUGGCGUACUCUGAUGGUAAGAUUUAUUAUUAUUCGUAUGUACCCUACUUUUUGCUCUC